AUGAGAAUGACCUUAACAAGAGAAAAAAUCAUAAAAAAAAUUGAUAGUAGUAGCUCUUCUCUAAAUGAACCUUAUAAAUUAAUAUUUAAUUAAGAUACAAAAUCAAGAUUAUAAGAAGAUAAUGAAUAAAAAUAGUUAGAAGAUGUGAAUAUAUAAUAAACUAAUCCAGAAAAUGAUGUUGAUAAAAAUUCUAUAAUUGAAAUAGAUAAAAGCAAAUCUUAAAAUAACAUCUAGGUAAAUAAUCAAGAAAAUGAAGAAAAAUUACAAGAGAAGAUUUAGAUCAGUUGA